AGUAGUAAUGAGAUUUUUGAACCUAGAGAACAGAUGGUGGAAGAGAAUGAUGCAGAUUCAUCUGUGACAGCUCAGAGGACUAUUUUAGACAUGGAAGAUGGGUUUUUUGACUUUGACUGGACACCAGAAGACAUGACUGACCAUUAUCAUGUAUUACAGAAGAGAGAAACUAAGUGGAAGGCAUAUGGAUUUGAUUCCUCGGUGUUACAAAUCGCAGACCCAAGGGCAGGUAGGAACUUAUGGUUCCAGCAGUUAACUCAUUCUGUAAGAUCGGUUGGGAAACUGAAUUGUCCAUGUGUGGUGAAAGUUCCAACACCAGGCACAUGGCCUUCAAUUUUAGAGACGGUACCAGAACAAUUAAGUGCUAAAUGUCAAUCUUAUGCAUUAUCGUGGCUGUUAUAUCAGCAGCAAUCAGCAGAAGAUAAGGUGAUGGCUCUGUCAGUGCAUCGGUUUAGACCUAGACAUAGUUGGUCUUGGUUGUGGGAGUUAUCAUAUGUGAAUUUACUUGAUCAGCAUGAAAAUAUGAUAACAGCGAUCCCUGAUCCGAUGGAAGUGAAAUCUGUGGAGGCUAACGACUGUUUUUGUUCAGAUGAUACUCAUAAUGGGCCUGGAAAGUUUAUGGGAAUAUCAGACUGUAACAACUAUAUUAUGGACUUGGGCGAGCGUAAACAUAAGGCUAUGGAUCACUUGUAUAAAGUGACUUUUCAGGUACCACAUCGCAAACUGAGUAGAACUUUGAUGGUGCAGAACCUAAAGUUGCCUGGAAACAAGACUUUAGGGAAUGUUAAGGAUAUUUGGUGGGUUUGUGGUGAUAAGGCAUAUAUAUUUCUACUGUAUGAGUGGAUCAGAUGCUGUUAUAUGGCAACAUUGAAGCUUCCACAUGAGGUUUUUACUGUCCAGAAGAGAAAAGUAUAUGAUGAGGUUCAAUCUGAUGCUAUUUCUGUAAGUAGGAAGAAAAGGGAACUGGCACAAUUUCAUAAUCUGGAGUCCUAUCAUUGAAGAAUAAGUCUAGGAGAGAAGUGGGGUAUAGGAUUAUUUCCAUGGUAUGGUGUGACAUUUUUGGCAGAUCACAUUUCAAAUAUUACCUACACGCUACAGGGUUUUGCAAACGAGACUAUAAGAGGUUUUGAAUACUUGUCAAAUACUUAAAAGAGUCACAGACUGACGUUGCUGAAACAUGACAUGGCUCUUGAUUAUCUUUUGGCCAAACAAGGUGGCCUAUGUGUGGCUCUGAACUUAACUGGUGAUGCUUGUUAUACUUUGAUUCCUGAUAGUUCUGACAAUAUGACUAGUGUCAUAGAUGCAUUGAAGCAUAUAAGGGAGGAGUUUGGCCCAUCGGAAGGAGCUGGAUGGUCUGCGAAUGCUUGGUUGCAGGAGAAAUUAGGACCGUUGGGAGCAGUGUUGGUUCAGAUAAUGGUAGCAGUUCUUAUAUCAUUGAGUGUGAUGUUCUGUUUCUGUACGUUGUUGUUGACCUUUGCGAAGGCUAUGAUAUUGAGAUGGCUUGGAGUUGUGAUGCCUGGAGAUCAACUUCAGAUGCCAUUACUACAUAGGACUGACACAGACGAUGAUGAGGAAGUGGUGAUAGAAGGCGAACUGAUGGAGAAAUAUCUAUUUUGAAUAUCUACUCUUAUUAUAGUCUUAAUGUUUAUUUCUGUUACUAUUUUGGUAUUUAGUGGUCUCUUAUUAUAGAGUGGUGACAUAACUAGGAAUAAUGUGCAAGUAUGAUACUGUGAAUUUCACAUUUACUUAUAAGGCGUUAAUCUGUAUUUGAUGUUUCAAUUUGCAUCUGUUGUUUUUGCAAAAGAUACUGGUUGGUGGUUUUCUUUUCUUUCCUUCAAGAACGAUGUUGAGGGAAGACCACUGUAAGGGUGGUUGGAUGUUCAGGGACCCCGAUGUGCAUGGACAAUAAGAAUAGACUGAAGGACUUUGAAUAAGGACACUGUGAUACAAUGCCCAGAGUCAACACAUCAUCGACACUACACUGAGAGUCGACGCUGCUGAGUAUUUGCAUAGGAUAUUGGUGCCAGGCAGGGAAAGGUCCAUUGGAAGGUCAGAUGGGUCGACCAGCUUGAGGUUUCCAUAUGUAUUUGCUUAAGUCAUAUCCCUACACGACUUGUUAAAAUUCCUCCUUUCUAAAUUGGUCUGGAAUACUCUAUGUGGUCGCCUAAGGCAGAGGGACCGUGAGAGAAUUUUUGAUGGACAGGACUGCCUGACAGGUUUUUUCGAUCUCACACUCCGUAAAGUUGUUGUAUUGUUAAGGUUACGCUGUAGGAAGCAUGUGUAGGAGGAACUGUUAUUUUGUUACAACUGCAAACAUGUAUGUGUUACUUUUUUGUUUUUCGAGGGGGGGAUAUGUGGUAACCAGAGUUCCAUGUGUUAUCUGUUUUUGCCGGUUUGGAAUGUUUAAGUUAGGGGGCCCCUGGUCCAAAGGGUCCAAGGGUCAAGGUCCCAUAGGGAAUGGGCCCCUUUCUCUUCCUCUCCCUUCCUCUCUUAGUUCCAGAUGGAUGAGAUUAUUUUAAAAAGGACCAUAAGUUCUGUCUCCUUUUUCGAAAACAACCUCCCUAUAUAAGCCGUUGGUUAUACUGUUCUGGAGGGGACACUUCAGAAUUGGCACGGAUCCCCUCUCAGGUACUUUAUAGUGCUUGAUAUGAUACUGUUUUACUUUGUAAUAAACAUCUUAUACAAGCAAGACGGUGUCAGCCGAGACUUCUUCAUCAUCUUCACAUCGUCGCUAUUUAAUUAACAACAAUGCUGAGGCCUUGAGUCUCCUUCGUCACCAAGAGGCUACAGUACUGGUCAUUUUGACUGAAAGGUAGAUUGUGGUCUAGUGUCCAUAUGCCUGUAUGAAGCGCGCACACAUAGGGGAGUUCGGCCCAACACCGACAGAAAACGUCUUGAACUUGAGCGCACCAGAAGCUGAUCUGGGGAGCACGAAGCCCCCGUGAAAUGGUGGGAGUUCAGUUUCUUCCCUAUA